AGGGGCUCUAAGUUGACCUAACGGGCUGUGAAUGGACAGCAGACGGUAGAGGGAAGUGACGUUUCAGGAAGUGAAAUGAGAAUAGAAGUGGAUGGUGAGCAAUGUAGCGGUGAGAUAAGACAAACAUAAUAAGACAAAAAAACAAAGCGGAAAAGGAGAACAACAAGCAGAGUGAAACUAACCUGUAAUGUGGGGGAAACGGACAGUGAGCGCAGUGUAACCGUGACAACGAGACACGAGGACGGAUUUAAAGUGAUCAUAAAAUCGUCUCCAGACGGUCGUCAUUCGUCCAGUGGGCGGGAUUAAUGCACCUGUAAGCUGAUUUGUCAAAUGCCAUCAAGCCCCGAAGAAGAACGGAGGAGGACAGCACUACUGUGGUAGAGGAGCGGUGUGUGUGCAGACAUGGCUGCUGUUGAUGAAGCGGACUGAACUUAGAGGAGAGACACAAACUAAAGUAUUGAUCCCGUCACAUCAGUGUGGAUCUGAUACCAACGUCUGUAUCGCUUCAUCAAUGCCUGUAUCGAUCCAUCCAGCCUGAGUUGAAGCAGCAAUGAGCUCAGUGCAGUAUUUGAGAGAGUUCAUCAAGGAGAGACUAACUGCUGUUUGUGAAGAAAUCUUCUCAGAGGUUCAAAAAACCAUCGUCCAGUAUGAGGAGGAGAGCAACCGUCAGCACAGACUGCCGGAUAUCAGCUGGAAACCCGACAGAAACUCACACAUCAUAGACCUCCCACAACAACAUGACUGUGAGGAAGAGGAGGGUCUGGAUGAGCAGCAGGUCUGUAACCAGGAGAGGAACUCCAGUGUGGACCAGGAGGACCCAGAGCCUCCACAGAUUACAGAGGAACAGGAGGAACUCUGCAGCAGUCAGGAGGGAGAGCAGCUUGGACUGAAGAAGGAGUCUGAAGGCAUUAUUGUCUGGACUGAUGAAGAGCAGCUCAGAGUGAUGGAGACCAUCUGUAAACCUGAGAUAAGGUUACACAGAAUAGAUGUUGUACAGCAGCAUGCUUUUAAGGAAGAGGAAGUUCUUACAGACCAGCAGAUCUUUAACCAGGAGAGGAACUCCAGUCUGGACCAGGAGGACCCAGAGCCUCCACAGAUUAAAGAGGAACAGGAGGAACUCUGCAGCAGUCAGGAGGGAGAGGAGCUUGGACUGAAGCAGGAGACUGAUACUUUCCUCAUAAGCGGGUGUCACCAUGAAAGUUCCCACAGUGAACCAGAACCAAACAGUGAGCAGCUCCUUUCUCACAGCUCUUCUGAAGCAGAGAGCCGAGAUUAUGAAGUAAAUGGGCAUGUGGACUCAAGAUCAACUAGAAAUGAAGAACUGAAGAAGAGACAUCACAGUCAGAGAGUAAAUAACACUCCUGUGUCAGUGAGUCAAAGUAGAACGGACACAAAGAACAAGUCUGUACAAUGUGACGUGUGUGGAAAAACUUUACCUGAUAAAUACAAACUGAUUGCACAUCUAAGAGUUCACACAGGUGAGAAGCCAUAUUCUUGUUUCACCUGUGCGAAAAGAUUUUCUAACUCAUCAGCAUUAAAAAAACACAUGAGAAUUCACACAGGUGAGAAACCGUAUUCUUGUAGCACCUGUGGGAAAAGAUUUUCUGACUCAUCAGCGUUCAAAACACACAGGAGAGUUCACACAGGUGAGAAGCCAUAUUGUUGUAGCACCUGUGGGAAAAGAUUUGCUACCUCAUCAACGUUGAAAACACACACGAGAGUUCACACAGGUGAGAAGCCAUAUUGUUGUAGCAUGUGUGGGAAAGGAUUUAAUCAGAAGUCCCAUUUGGACUCUCAUGCUAGAAUUCACACAGGUGAGAAACCAUAUCCUUGUAGCACCUGUGGGAAAAGAUUUGCUGACUCAUCAGGAUUCAAAACACACACGAGAAUUCACACAGGUGAGAAGCCAUAUUGUUGUAGCACCUGUGGCAAAGGAUUUAUUCAGAAGUCACGUUUGGACUGUCAUAUAAGAAUUCACACAGGUGAGAAACCGUAUCCUUGUAGCAUCUGUGGGAAAAGGUUUGUCGAUAAGGUACAAUUAAAGAAGCACAUGAGAAUUCAUACAGUUUAGAACGUAUAUACUUAGAAAAUGUGGGACAGCUGUGAGUCAUCGCUGAACACCUGAGUGAAAAAAUGAUGCAUAUUCAAAUCAUUAUUUAUUUUUUUUCCAGAGCUGUAAAGAACUCUCAGCAUUGUUUGUUCAGUUUAUUACAUUAUUCUAUUAAUUGUAUCAGGAAAACUGAUCUUACAUUUCAUGAGGGUUAAAGUUCAGUAUGCUCCUGUUCUAUUGGUUCAUUGUUUAGCUCUGUUGUUUAUUAUUAUUGCUUUAUAUCCUAUGAUGGGACAAAUGGACCCCAAACCAGUCUUCUGGUUAACAAAUUUAAUCCUUUGCUCAAGUGAGUUUUUGUCACAAUAAAAAUAAAGAAAGUGAGCAACAGUCAA